AUGGCGGUGGCGAGGCGGUCAGCCUUGCACCUGAGGACUAAACCGGGCCUCUUCUUCCCAUUCUAUCAUCGUCGCUUUCUCCUCCUUGUCCUCGUCCUUGCCAAUUUGUUGAUUAUGAAGACAGGCGGUGUCGGAUCGUCUUUCGAGAGUGGGGAUGAUGAGGUCAACUUGCUCGUCGACUCGGCAGGGAACCUGGUGCUCUCUGCUGGUUCGGAUAUCGAACUACACGAUGCACAUAUUGGCGCUAGACUUGUCAAGCUCGAUGCACAUAUGCCUCCACCCAAUCGCGUCACGAGUGACGCAGAGGAGCGCCUUGAGCUUACGGCCCCCAUUGCCGUCGCCGGUGUGGAUCUGGAGGCACUGCAGUCCCCUCAGUCCCGUGCAGGUGACCCACAACAACUCAAUGACACUCUGGCAGCCCUUCGACAAGCCUUGGGGAACGUCUUGCCAUGGGCAGUUGGCCCCAAGGUUCUUGUGCUUGGGGGUAUUGCGUCUGAUUAUUCCCAGGCCGUUGAUGUUCUUGACAGCGCGGGUACGGGCUGGAGGCGCGGGCUUGAUUUGCCUGCAAACUUGAGCGUUUACGACCAAACGUCGACCAUCUUGCACCAAGAACUGUAUGUAGUGGGUAUAGCAAGUUCCUCUGGGGAUUCGCGCAUGCUGGCAUUUACCGGCCGUGCGUGGGAGGAGCGACCUCGUGCCCCGCACAAGAGCGGAGGCUGUCUAACCGCUUUUCGCGGGCGCCUCUUUUACUUGGGAGGUGCUGACCUAAGCGCGUUCUUUUUCAACGGAACUCAUUGGAAUGUUGCGCCAUCGCCGUCGUUGGUGCAUCGACACGCGUGUGCCGUUGUGUUUCAAGAUCGCUUGUAUCUGCUGGGCGGCGAAGAUGCCACAUCGCGUACCAACGCCGUGGAGGUGCUUGAUGAUCAAGGGUGGGAAAUCGCCCCACCUAUGCUGACCCCACGAUCGGCUUUUGCCGCAGUCGUGUAUCGCAGCCGCCUUUACGUCGUUGGUGGUUAUGGCCCUCCCUCAGUCCGUCUCGCGUUGGUCGAGUAUUUUGACGGGCGAUCGUGGACUGCUACGACCCCCUUGACGGUUGGUCGCUCCAACCUGGCCGUGGCUGUUUGGGCAGACACCUUGAUUGCCACCGGAGGCUUCAACAAUGGCCCUUUACGUUCUGUUGAAGUCUUCAACGGGACACAUUGGCGUGAAGGUCCUCCCCUACCCAUGGAGCGUUACUCGCACUCUGCCGUUGUCUUUGGCGUUUAA